AGAAUCUAGUUAAACUAUUCAUCCUCAUUGUAUUUUCACCUCAACCCUUGUCUCCGAGAAAGCAGAAAGCAGCAUCCACUCUUAACCCUGGAAGCAGCAUUCUUUCCGCAAUUGACUGUUAAGCCUCCUCUCCUCCAUUCUAAAUUCACAUUGUUCCGUCCUCUGCCCCUGUCCAUUUUCACUCACGGGAGGCACACAAGUUCGAAAAGAAUUUGGAGUGGGAAUAGGGAAGGAUGGAGCAUAUGUUACUUUGUUGAAAGACAAGCUUUCACUUUACUCUGAACAUCAUUACCCCUCUUCAUUUAAUCAGUUUCUAAAUAUAUCUGUUGUAUAUACCCAAAGAAACCAAAGAUAAUCUUAUGAUUUCAAUAUCAUUAUCCUCAUCUUUGUGUCCAGCUACACCUCAUCAUCAUAGACCUAUACUGCAUAUCUAUUCACAACAUUUGAGCUCUCUCUUUUGUUCUUUCUUUCCUAAAAGCCAAUGCCCCUCACUCUCUGCCACGCCUUUAAGUAAGGGAAAAGUUUUUGCAGUUGCCUUUGAGGAUGGUUUGGAGAAAAACUGGUCAUUUCUCGACACCCACUGUGAUCACUCUAAUGAAGAAGAACAUAAACAAAAGUUUGACAAAAUUAUAACCGCUGCAGGGAUUUCAGAGAAUUCAAAGGUUUUAAUUUCAAUAAGUUCUGAUGAAUUUGUGGAUAGUGUGGUUGAUUUGUCACCUAGCCAAGAAAUUCUUGUAGUUCAUGAUUCUCUCUCUGCAUUAGCAUGCAUCAAGGAGAAACAUGACUAUGUUAAAUGUUGGCAAGGGGAACUGAUAAAUGUACCAGAAAAUUGGGCACCUUUUGAUGUAGUCUUUCUCUACUUCCUUCCUGGGAUUCCCUUUGUGCUUAGUCAAGUUUUGGAAGCACUUGGGAAGAUAUCUAUGCCAGGUGCCAGAAUUGUGAUAAGUCAUCCCCAAGGCAGGCAAAUGGUUGAAGUACAACGAAAACAAUUCCCCAACUUAAUAGUCUCAGACCUGCCAGACAGGGCAACACUUCAAAGGGUUGCUGCUGAGAAAUCAUUUGAAAUCCAUAGCUUUAUCGAUGAAAUUGCAUUUUAUCUUGCUGUUCUAAAAUUCAAUGGAGUGGCUUGAUUUGCAAUAUCUUCCGCUCAAACAGAUUUAGCCUCUCCUUGAUUUAUAAUCUAGAUAUUCUUUAUCGAAGGAUUUGUGUGAUUUCCCUCACCAGUCAUUGAACCUGAUUUUAUGUGACAUAAACUAGAUAUUUA